AUGGGAAAGAAGAAAUCCACCAGUACUGAAAAUGAGGGAUCUCGAAAACAAAAAGCCACAUGGCUAGAUGAGGUAGUAGCUAUAUUUUGUGAUAUAGCUGCUAAGGAAGUGGCCAAGGGAAACAGACCUGAAACUGGUAUUGGAUGGGAUCCGGCUAGAAAAACUAUCGACGCACCUGCUGAAUGGUGGGAAUCCAAAUUUCAGAUCAAUCCAGAGUAUCGCAAGUUUCGGGAGGUGGGAAUUAGUCCUGAAAUGAUGGCUGUUUAUGACAACAUGUUCAGGGGUAGCACAGCUCUAGGUCAUUUUGUCAUGAUUCCCUCAGCUACUAUAGAUAUUGAAGAGGUUGUGGAGGAUUCAGAGCAUAAUUUAAUUUCUGGAGAUGAUGAAGAGGAUUCUGACCAAGAUAAUGAACGUAGAGGCAAAAAGAGAACAAAUUUGGAGCACCAAACAGAGGCUGAUAAACAAAAAAAAGGAAAAGGAGUUAUGGGAGGGCCAAAGGAGAAGGCUAAAAAGGUGGGAGGUGCGGCGAAAUUGUCUAAACAAAUUGAUCGUCUUGUUGAUGUAGUCGGGAGUAGGAGUACAGCCACAUCUGUACGUGAUAAUGGUACCUCACAAAGAACUAGUAUUAAAGAGGUGAUGAGAGUUGUUGCAACAUUACCAGGAGCAGAAACCGGUACGAAGCUAUGGUGGUUUGCAACGGAGUUGUUCUGCUCUCAGGAGAAGCGAGAGAUGUUUUCUAUUAUGACAGAUGCUGAUCUCAAGCUCCAGUUUCUGAUUCUUAAUCAGAAAAAAAUAACUGAAAAUUAA